AUGCCCGAUCAGUUGCGAGCCAUCUUCAGCUAUGACAUCUUCAAUGCAGUGCAGUCUAAAUGUUUUUCAACCGCCUUUCAAACGGACGACAAUCUAGUGAUAUCCGCCCCAACCGGGAGCGGUAAAACUGUCAUCAUGGAACUUGCUAUUUGCCGGCUAUUUGCGGAGUCGCACACAUCCGAUUUCAAAGUCGUAUACCUUGCUCCCACAAAGUCGCUGUGUGCGGAACGAUACAAGGAUUGGCGGCCAAAAUUCAGCGCUUUGGAUUUGCACUGUGCAGAACUCACUGGUGACACCGAUUACUCUCAUCUACGUAACGUCCAAAGUGCUCAUUUAAUCAUAACAACGCCAGAGAAAUGGGAUAGCGUCACCCGGAAAUGGAAAGAUCAUGCCAAGCUGAUCAAGCUUGUGAAACUCUUUCUUGUCGAUGAAGUUCACAUCCUCAAAGAGUACCGAGGCGCCACGCUAGAAGCAGUUGUCUCACGUAUGAAAUCUGUUGGCUCCAAUAUUAGGUUUGUCGCUCUAUCUGCGACGGUCCCAAACUCGGAUGAUAUCGCAACUUGGCUAGGUAGAAAUCCUUCCUCCUUACACCUGCCAGCUUUCAGAGAGGUCUUUGGCGAGUCGUUUCGCCCUGUCGAACUUUGCAAAAAGGUUUGUGGCUUUGAGUCAAAGGGCAAUGAUUUUGCAUUUGAGUCGAUGUUGACGAAACAACUUCCUGAUAUCAUCUCUCGCUAUGGUCGUGGUAAGCCUGUGAUGAUAUUUUGCUCCACAAGGAGAGCAUCAACGACUACGGCAAAGUUCCUUGCCGAAUUUUGGCUCGCUUCUUCACCAUCGCAGCAACUGUGGAAAGCACAUGGGCAUCCAUUGACAUUGCAGAGCCCAGAGCUCAAAGCUUAUACGGCGGCAGGGGUUGCAUUCCAUCAUGGAGGCCUAAGUCCUGCAGAUCGUCGUGCAAUUGAGGACGGAUAUUUGCAAGGCCAGAUCAAUAUCAUCUGCAGCACAUCCACUUUAGCUGUCGGCGUCAACCUGCCCUGUUACUUGGUCAUACUAAAAGGGACUACAUGUUGGACCGAGAAUGGCAUGCAAGAAUAUGCCGAUCUCGAGGUAAUGCAAAUGCUUGGGAGAGCUGGCCGGCCCCAGUUUGAAAAUUCAGCCUGCGCAGUCAUCCUCACUCGGAAGGAGAAAGUCAAACAUUACGAAUUGAUGGUAUCGGGUGGAGAACUACUUGAAAGCUGCCUCCAUCAGAAUCUUAUUGAACAUCUGAACGCUGAAGUUGGACUGGGGACUGUGUAUGAUCGAGCAACGGCUAAACAGUGGCUGGCUAGCACCUUCCUUUACGUUCGAGUACGGCGAAACCCAUCCCAUUACCAAUUCAGAGAAGGCUGCAAACACUCUGGUGAAGAAGACUUGUUAGAUGAAUUAUGUGAAAAGGAUAUUAGUUCCUUGCAAGAUGCGAACCUGAUUACGAAGGCGACUCGGCUCAGGUCCACUGCAUUCGGAGAUGCGAUGGCUAAAUACUAUGUGAGCUUUGACACCAUGAAGUUGUUCAUGGGGCUGCCUCCAAAAGCCACGCUAUCUGAAAUACUCUCCGUCCUGGUUCAAGCUCGAGAGUUCAAAGAUGUACGCUUGUUAGCAGGCGAGAAAUCAUUCUACAAAGAGAUCAACAGGGCACCAGAAAUCAAGUUUCCUAUCAAUGUCGACAUCGCGCUUCAAGCCCACAAAAUCUCUCUCCUCAUCCAGGCCGAGUUGGGCAAUAUUACCCUGCCCGAUGGAGACCAGUAUAAAAAGCAGCUGCCGCAACAUCGAGUCGACAAAACGAUUGUUUUUGCACAGUCUAGUCGCUUGGUUCGAUGCAUUAUUGACUGCCAGAUCCACAUUGGUGACUCUGUGUCUGCACGUCAUGCACUUGAGCUCUGUCGCAGCCUUGCAGCCCAUGUAUGGGACAACACCGCGAGCCAGUUGAGACAAAUUGAUGGUCUUGGGGAAGUGGCAGUCCGAAAAUUGGCGUCGGCUUCUAUAAAAACUAUUGACAGCUUGGUCAAUACUGAACCUUCCAAGAUUGAACUUGUCCUUGGGAAGAACCCUCCGUUUGGACUGGGAUUACUUAAAAAGCUCGAGAGCUUCCCCAACCUCAGAGUCUCUGUCAAGGAGACUGGUAGAGAGCUCAAACGCGGGGAAGGAUCAACCAUCCGAUUCAAAGCCGAAGUUGGAUUUCUCAAUGAUGUUGUGCCACAGUUCUUCAACAAAAAGCCUGUUUAUGUGUGCUUCUUAGCUGAGACCUCCGAUGGCAGACUCGUCGAAUUCCGGAGAAUGAGUGCUAAGCAUCUGCAGAAUGGUGAGGAGAUUUUUUUAUCUGUCGAUCUUGUGAAGCCAACCCCUCAAUUGUGUUGUUUCGUGAUGUGUGAUGAGGUGGCCGGAACAAGUAGAUACGCGGAACUGAAUCUUGUUGGUUUAUCAGAUACGAUAUACCCCACCCAACAGUCUUGCCAUGAUCAAACAGGGAACAGAGUACUCAAUUCUCAUGGCAGAGUUCACGAGGAUAUAUUGGAUGAUGAAUUUGAUGAUGGCGGCAUUGAGGACAAAGAUCUAUUGUCACUUGAAAUGGAUGUGGAACAGGUUGAAGUUGUCGAAGAUAUCGAUGAGCUUCUGGCGAAAGAAACCAAACAGCAAAAGCGGCAGGGGUCGAAACCGUCAAAUUAUGACUCGGGGAGCGAGGACACCGAUGUUGCCACUUUCAAGGAGCCAAUGAAACUCAGGAACGGCCGAUGGACUUGUCAACACAAUUGUAACAAUAAGGGCAGAAAAUGCAAGCACAAAUGCUGUCGCGAAGGAGUCGCAAAACCGAAACGUCGGCCAAAACUAGAAGGCGGCCCAAGGAGCGAGGAAAACGGCCAAAGAAGGUUAACAGAUCUGACAACCAUCAAGACCAGAACUGGACAGCCAUCUCAAAAGUCGAAGAGCCUCGGCUUGCACACCUCAGUAUUUGGUGACGAAACUUUCAGAGGCACUGCUGAUGCCGAGAGGCCCCCGGAUGAACCACCUCUCAAGAAAGCCAAAUUCUCAAAUGGCCAGAAAGGAGAUAUCCAACAAGCUCGGCGUGAUAAAUACCAACCAAAAGAACCGACACCAUUCGAUGCUUCUUCUGCGAUACGGAGAGGAGAGCAGAACAAAGGACCGGACUCGCAUUCCUCAUUCGAAACCAGCCCUCCGCUGCCUGAUCUCGACUUUCCUAUGGACGAUAUGACGGCCCUCGACUGCGAUUAG